AUGCAAUCGAGUCUCUCACUGGAUCCAUAUUAUAUUGAAAGCAAAGAACUUUGUCGGGACUCAGGGAGAUCAUGCAACGAGCAUUUGUCACUUGGAGAAUUGCUUUUGAAUAUUCGAAUGUCGAGUUGGCCACCAUAUCAUCGUAGGGGACUUGUGAACGAAGUGAACAAGGAUGGGGAUUCUAUAAUGAUUUCUUGUGGAAUAAGAUCUAUUGCUCAGGGAAAUGAAGAAAUGCCAAUAAGGGUAGCUGAAUCCCUAUGGAUAUGUUUGAUUGGAUGGACUGGGGAUACCAUGGCUGAGAUCUUCGACAUGCUUUUACGAAGUUCUUGGAAUGCGUCUAGAGAAGCCUACAGAGUGGAUGUUGCACAUUGGAACGAGCCCAGCCUUAUCGCUCUAUCAAGGCAAAAAGUCACGGCAUGUGUGGAAGGAACAUCAGAAGAUGCAGUUGAAAGGGGUGGUUACAUCAUCAGUGAUAAUUCAUGUGAUGUCUUACCUGAGAUCAUAUUGAUUUGUACUGGAUCAGAGCUGUGUUUAUGUGAAGCUAGUGCACGAGUUAUGAAGGAAGAAGAGAGAAGAAUGAUGGUGAUUUCACUGGUUUGUUGGAGGCUUUUUGAAGACAUCCUAAUGAUACUUUCUAUGCUGAAGUGGUAG